CCGUCAUAAAGCUGCAGCGUUCUCAGGGGAGUCUCCGCCUCACCUGCUGCUCAGGAACAACAUGGAGUCCAGAGAGGAGGAACCGGAGGAGGACACGCCCAGGUUACUUCUAGCUGAAGAGGACACAGAGAAAACUACAACUACUACGACUAUUACUGCUUCUACUGCUACAACUACCACAGAUACUACUACCAUGACAACAGAUACUACUACCACCACUGCAGAUACUGCUACAACUACUACAGAUACUACAACAGAUACUGCUACCACCAGUACUGCUGCUGGUGCUACUCCUCCCUCUGCUGCAUCUGAUGAUCAACCAGCAGAUGAAGAGGAAGCAGCUGAGCUCUUUGUUGGGAACUGCACAGCCAUCACACCUGCCGCCGGUGACUCGCCAGAUGAGGAGACAACAGAAGAAAAGUCAAAGAACUGCACUGGGGAUGAACUCGCAGGUAAUAGGGAGGAAGCGAUGGAUUUCCAUCCAGGAGCCGCUGAGGAAAAAACAAUCUCAGACCAAAACACAUCGACACCAACUAAGGACAGACCAGCCCCGCCCAGCAGCCUGGCCCUGUCGGGGUCACGGCCUCGGAGGAAGAAGGUUCUGGUAGCUCCGGCCCUCAGCCUGUCGCUAGGACGCAGCGAGUCGACGGUUUCAGACGACUUCCCCUCGGCCUUCCUGUCGCCGUCGCUCGACGAUGAGGACGAGACGGGAUUGGACUUUGACCUGGACGCCAUGGAAACGCCAUCCGACAGCGAGUCACUGCCCUUUCCGAUGUACGACCUGGACCUGGAAGAUGACCUGCGGCGUCUGGGCGUGGCGUCCUGGCGCCCCACAACCCGCCGUUCCGGUCUGGGAUCCGGGUCCGGUUCUCGAUCCGGUUCGGUUCUGGGAGCAGAGCGGGCGGGCCUGGGCUCUCUGGAGCGGGAGGACACGGUGGACAGCCAGGGCACCAGGUGGCGCUGUUUCUCCACGGGCGACCCGCCGCAGGAGAGCAGGGUGAACAUGAGCGUCCUGCAGCCCUUCCUCAGGGUGCUGUCCCACGGAGGUUACUAUGGCGACGGCAUGAAUGACAUCAUCGUGUUUUCUUCCUGUUAUCUGCCGGAGAACAGCCUGGAAAAUUACCAGUAUGUGAUGGAUAACCUGUUCAGGUAUGCGGUGGGGACCCUGGAGCUGAUGGUGGCAGAGAACUACGUCAUGGUGUACCUGUGUGCCGGAGGCCAGAGGGACAAGCUGCCGGGGAUCGGCUGGCUCAGGGAGUGUUACACCACCAUCAACCGGCGUUUGAGGAAGAAUCUAAAGGGUUUUUAUGUCGUUCAUCCCACCUGGUACAUCAAGGCCCUCAUCACCAUCAUCAAACCCUUCAUCAGUUCAAAGUUCAGCAGGAAGCUCCAGUUUGUUGACAGCCUCCAGGAUCUUUCUAAUUUCAUCCCCACUGAGCACGUGCAGAUCCCAGACUGCGUCAGACAGUACGACCAGAACACGUCCAGGUGAAACCAGCAGAUGGAGGCACGGAGCUGAAGUUUUACUGCUCCCUCAACAUGGAAAACUCUCUCUCUGCCGGCAGCACAAACAGCAC